AUGCACAAGGAAUUCCAUAUCGGACAACACAGCAAUGCGUGUUCCCACCGUCUCGACAUCUCAAGUUUUCCCAGCAUAGAGCAACUCCGAGUGACCUUGGCACAGGUGUUUGGAUUCACUGAUACACAAUCAUUAUGGCUCGUUGACGCAAAAGGCCGCGAAAUUUCAGAUCUCCAGGGCGUGUGGGCGACCCAGGACAGUGUCCAAGUGCGAGCAACGCCCCAUGCGCCCAUCCGCGAACCUCCUGGCCCUCGCCUCAUCCCAUUCGUUGGCAACCGCUACGAGUUGUAUCCAGAUGUUCUCGGAAAUUAUGACCGAUUGUUCUCGCUCUAUGGCCCAAUGGUCAAGACUGUCAAUAUGGGGACCACCAUCUACCACACGAAUGAUCCCGCCAUCGCGCGCCAUGUGCUGCGCGAAGAUCAACUCUUCACCAAGGCCACGUCUGACCCCUCACACCCACUGCACUACAUGGCCGACCAGGACUGCCUCUUUACCUGUGACAGCGCCUCUCCAGCGUUUGCGCCUAGCCACAAAUUUGUACCGCCAACAAUGUCGCCACGUGCGAUAGCCCACUUCAUGCCGCUCAUCCAGGAUGCCGCACAAUCCGUCUUCCCGGCGUUUGACCAGUUGGCGGACGCUGACCUGGCGAUGCAUGUCUACCAGUACAUGUUCAAGCUUGCAUCCCAGAUUAUCUGGCGAGUCAUGCUCAACCAGGACCUGAAGCAUUUCGAGUCGCCCAAGACGCCCCCCUCGUUUCCAGUUCGGUUAUUUGGCCAAUACCUGUCGCUGAUGAAGAAAUCAUCAAUGCGGCCUCCAUGGUUAAAGUAUCUUCCCUUUGGCGACACUGCAAAAUUGAAAAGGGUCCGCCAGCAAGUUCUGGCCACAACCGAGGAGGCCAUGAACGCGAGCAUCCGAAAAGACGGCCCCCCUCUGCCUUUAUCCGAGCCGAAUGCCAUUCAGAGCGCUACUUGCGUGGCUGACUUUUUGUAUCGCGCUCGCGACAACCAAGGCAACGGGCUGCCGUAUGAGUUGGUUCUGGGGAACGUGGUUGUGAGUUGCGGUGCGGGCUUCACCACCAGUUCAUCUCUGCUGUCCUGGGCCCUGUACUCCCUCGUCCGAUAUCCUGGCAAUCAACAACGUUUGUUCGAGGAGAUCAACAGCCACCGCAGCAGUAACGAUGGCCGAUGGACCUACGAGGAGAUCCACGGGUUAAAAUUUCUCGACUGUUUUGUCAAGGAAGUUCUCCGUCUUCAUAGCCCCAGCUUCCAGACGGCGCGCAACGCCAAACAAGACGCAGUUCUCCCGGGAGGGUACCUGAUUCCCAAGGGGUCCAUUGUCAUUGCGUGUUUUCCGAGUUUGCACAAGAACCCCGCCCAUUGGGAGAAUCCUUUGCGAUUCGACCCAGACCGCUGGACAGAACCAGGGCUUGCUACGCAGAUGUCUCGCCAGGGAUCUUACACUCCCUUUGCAGCCGGUGGCCGCGGGUGCGUCGGGUUUAAUUUGGCGAUCACACAGGUUAAGAUAGUCCUGGUCGAAUUGGCCUACCGAUACGAAUUCGACGACUCGUCGCCAGAGACAGUCACGUACGAUCCCGAGUUCUUGGUCGUGCGGCCAUUGAAUUUCUAUGCGGGGAUAACCAAGCGUAGGCACUGA